AUGCUAUCCACCCGCCGCCUCCUCCGCCGCCUUCCCUCCUCAAGACUCCUCGCUCCCCACCCCCGAAUCACCUUUAUCACCCAGCAGACCAGAAACCACAGUAACUGCAGCGCCGCCGCCCCCAUCCCCAAACCUAAAUUCAAACCGCCCCCAGCACCAUGGACCGUCUACUACACCAUCUCUCUCGAGAAACUCUACACGCGGUCCAUCCGCGAAGGCACAUCCCCCACCGAAGCACAGGCCGUCGCAGACCUGUUGAACAGUGCGUCUAACGAUAUUGUGCCCGCUGUCACAAGGGUCGUGGUGAGGAAUUUGUAUGUUAAAGCUUUAAGGGAGCUUUGGGGUGAUCGUGAUGAUGUUGUGGUGGGUGGUGGCGGUGAAGAGAUACAGAGCAACCGUAUGGUAUGUACAGGGCUCGAUGUACUGCUGGCAAUCAAGUACACGCGGGAUCCGGGGCUGAAGCGGACGCUGGGGGAGGGAUUCGAGGUACUGUGGGGCUUUCCGGCGGGGGAGUGGGGCAGUGUGGAGGAGGGGCGGAGGGCACUGGUUAUUGGCGACUUUACGGAUGCAGAGUUGGACGUUGUUAGCAGAGGGGCCUACGCAGCGGCGUUUGAAUAG